CAAUUUCGACCGUUGUAACGUCCCAAAAACAAAGGGCCAUGAUUCAAAAAAGUUUGCUUUUUUUUUAUCUUUCCCUUCUUCUUCUACUACUAGUAACCGUUGGCUCUCUAGCAACUGCAAAUCCUUAAGAUCAUCUCCUUCUUCUCAUCUCAAAGUCAUUAGUCUCUUCUCCAAUCCAAACACCCAGUUCUUGAAAUUUUCUGAAUUGCUCGUUCUUGAUCAAUUAGGUCGACAAAAAUGGCAGCUUUAGCACCUGGAAUCCUUCAAAAACUAAUCGACGGUAUGAAAACAGGAAUCAAACCAACCAGAGAGCACCGGAGCUCUAUGUUACAAGUCACGGAUAUCGUCCCCAUCGGUCUCGACGAGAAGUCACUGGAGCCUAAACAAGGGUUUCUCAUCAAAGUCUCUGAUUCCUCUAACUCGAUCUACGUCUCUCUUCCUUCGGACCAAGACGACGCUGUUCUCAGCAACAAGCUCCAGCUUGGUCAGUUUAUCUACGUUGAUCGCCUCGAACCUGGAUCCCCUGUUCCUGUUAUAAAAGGCGCUAAGCCAAUCCCUGGUCGACACCCGUUGCUCGGGACGCCGGAGCCGUUGAUGAUGGGUUUGAAAGGAAAAGCCGAACAAGAGACUGUGUCGAAGCCGAGAAGAGGGUCUUGGGGACAAAACGUCGACGUUUCGUCUCCGUUCGUUGUGAAACCAAUGCCAUUGGAUUUUGAACAUUCCACGCCGGCGAAGAGGUCUGCUUCAGCUAGAUUCGCGGCGUCUCCGAUCAGAAGAGGACGCGGAGUGAGAUGCUCUUUCGGCGGAGGGGUUUUAGGGAGAAUGGAAGGUGGUGAGAAUCCGGCGACGGCGAUGCUGAGGAAGAGUUGUGCUGUUCCGUCGGCUUCGAAGUUUCCGAGAAGUAGAAGUGUUUGUGAUAGAGAGACCAAAACGAAUAAUAAUACAUCAGCUUCUCUUCUUAUUAGUCCUUUCAAAUUCUCUUUAGAGUCUCAAGAAGAUGUUGUUGUUCCCUUGUCCACCUCGAAGAGGUCGACUUCCUUAAGACAGGAAAUGAUUAAACCUGAGAAAGACACUAAUCUGCUAGGAAGGCUCAACACACUCAGCAAGGAAGCAACUCAGCUUCGGGAGACAGCUCAGAAGAUUGCACUUCAGGCAUUGCGCGAGGCUACAGCUACGGAAACAGUUGUCCGUCAUAUCAAGACGUUUGCUAAUCUGAGCAAAUCAGCCAAAGCUGAAUCCCCCUCUGCGUGCUUUGAGAAAUUCAUGCAGUUUCACCAGGAGAUGGCACAAACUGUAACCGAAAUCACAUCCAUUGAAGCAGAGAACAAGUCACAGAACAACAAAAACACAAGAACCGAGACUCAGAAACCAAGAGAAGAAGAGUCUUGUUCAAUCCUGCAUGAAAUAGCGUAUAAUUCAAUCGAUCAGGAGAAAAGGAGAUCAAAGAGGCGGAUUAUUCUGAAGCAGCAGAGUGAAGGGUCAUUAAGAUCAAAUGAUGAGAACAAGAACCCAGCUUGUGGAGGGAUAGGCAACACGAUCAGGUUGGCAAAGGAGAUUGAGGACGAAGCUGCAAACUGGUUCAUGGACUUCAUCGAAAUGGCUCUGGAGAAAGGUAUGAAGAAAUCUAAAGGCCCUGAUGAUGAUGCAGACGUUAAGAAAGUACCACCAUCUCUGAUUCUCAGUGUUCUAAACUGGAUUGAAGUCGCACAGUCUGAUAGCAACAACAACAACAAGAGACGUGCAUGCCAUCCAAAAGCAUCAAAAAUCACUAGAAAGCUCAGAAUUAAAUUGAAGAAUCCUUGAACCACUUACACUUUAAUGAAUACACUGAAUCCACGUUGUAGCCUUUUUACAGCUUACAAGUCUAUUGUGUUCUUGGUGUAAAAAAAGGAAUUUCACAUAUUACUGAAGUAAAAGGAAUAUUUCACAUAU